AUGUCGCAACAAGCCUCGCUCCAGUCCUUUUUUACCCAGUCUUCCCAGCAAGGGACAGCCCCUCCGCAGAACAGGAAUAUUCCGGUUCCCGACCCAACCCCAUCCGGAGCUCAGGAACAAGAAUUCUCCUCGACCUUUGCAACAGAAUCCGACUACAAUGACCCAUACCAACCGAGAAUUGACUACCUCUACCCAAGCGUUGUCCCCCAGGAAACUCACACCCAGACGGACCUGAACUACAUUACCUGGGCCAUUAGACAUGCCACCAGCCGAAUCUGCCUACCCUCCGACAGGAUUGAAAUCCUCGAAGAGCAAACGACUACACUCCGGAGAACAGUGGAUACACUGAAGCACCAAAUCGAUCUCAAGGGAGUGAGUAGCGAGUAUUCCGCAGGGCACGAAGAGCGUAGCAGGGGACGGUGUGGGAGCUCCACGAUAUGGGUACUACGGGGCUCUAGCGUCGGUAAGGUUUGA